GCCGUCCCGGCGAGUCCCGGGCUGAGGGAGGGAGGCGUCUCCGGGCGACGCGGUGCUGGCGGCGGGUCCUGGCUGCGGCGUGUGCACGCCUGCCCGCGGCUUCGGGGCACGGAGUGGCAUUUUGUGAAAAAGUAACAAAGAAGAAGUUUCUUCAAGGAUCCUGUCUAAGUGCACUUUUUGUUAAUACGUCAUUUCUAAUCUUACAGAAAAUUUCAGCGGCAGCCCGUGGACCAGAAGCUGCAAUCACAGAAGCCGUGUAUGAUGCAUUAGGCUAUUGAAGAAAAGCAAUUUUUAAAUUAAAUAUUUGGAAUAUAAGGGAGGAAAGGUGACCGAAAAUGGGGCGGAAGAAAAUACAAAUCACACGCAUAAUGGAUGAAAGGAACCGACAGGUCACCUUCACGAAGAGGAAGUUCGGGCUGAUGAAGAAAGCCUACGAGCUCAGCGUGCUCUGCGACUGCGAGAUCGCGCUCAUCAUCUUCAACAGCUCCAACAAGCUGUUCCAGUACGCCAGCACCGACAUGGACAAGGUGCUGCUCAAGUACACCGAGUACAACGAGCCGCACGAGAGCCGCACCAACUCGGACAUCGUCGAGGCUCUGAACAAGAAGGAGCACCGAGGGGGCGACAGCCCAGACCCCGAUACUUCCUAUGUGCUAACGCCACAUACAGAAGAGAAGUAUAAAAAAAUUAACGAGGAGUUUGAUAAUAUGAUGCGGAAUCAUAAAAUCGCACCCGGGUUGCCGCCUCAGAACUUCUCCAUGUCCGUCACGGUCCCUGUGAGCAGCCCCAGCGCCUUGUCCUACACCAACCCCGGCAGCGCGCUGGUGUCCCCGGCUUUGGCGGCCGGCUCCGCCUUGGCAGACUCGGGCAUGCUCUCGCCGCCCCAGGCCGCGCUGCACCGGACCGUGUCCCCCAGCGCCCCGCAGCGCCCGCCCAGCACCGGCAGUGCGGGUGGGAUGCUGAGCUCGGCGGACCUCACGGUGCCCAAUGGAGCUGGGAGCAGCCCCGUCGGGAAUGGCUUUGUAAACUCGGGAGCGUCUCCAGAUGUAACUGGAACUACGGGUGCGAGUGGCUUAGGCAGAGUGAUGCCUACAAAGUCUCCCCCCCCUCCAGGUGGCGGCAGCCUGGGCAUGAACAGCCGAAAGCCGGACCUUCGCGUCGUCAUCCCUCCGUCCAGCAAGGGCAUGAUGCCCCCCCUGUCGGAGGAAGAGGAGUUGGAGCUGAGCGCGCAGCGGAUCAGCAGCUCGCAGGCCUCCCAGCCCCUCGCCACCCCCGUGGUGUCCGUGACGACGCCCAGCCUGCCCCCGCAGGGGCUCGUGUACUCGGCCAUGCCCACCGCCUACAACACGGAUUACUCGCUGACCAGCGCGGACCUGUCGGCCCUGCAGGGCUUCAACUCCCCGGGCAUGCUGUCGCUGGGCCAGGUGUCCGCCUGGCAGCAGCACCACCUGGGCCCGGCCGCCCUCAGCUCCCUGGUGUCUGGCGCGCAGUUAUCUCAGGGUUCGAGCCUCUCCAUCACCAACCAGAACGUCAGCAUCAAGUCGGAGCCCGUCUCGCCGCCUCGGGACCGCGUGACCCCCUCGGGCUUCCAGCAGCAGCCGCCGCCGCCCGCCCAGCCCCCCCAGCCCCCCGCGCAGCCCCGGCAGGAAGUGGGGCGCUCCCCCGUGGACAGCCUGAGCAGCUCCAGCAGCUCCUACGACGGCAGCGACCGGGAGGACCCGCGGGGGGACUUCCACUCCCCGGUGGUGCUGGGCCGGCCCCCCAACACCGAGGACAGAGAGAGCCCGUCCGUGAAGCGCAUGCGGAUGGACACGUGGGUGACCUAGGCCCGCGAGGCGGCGUGUGUGACCGCAGUGCACUGCCCCGCGCCGCGCAGGGGGGGUCAGGACAAGAGGUAAAGCUAUUUAUAUGUACAUACAUACAUAUCUGUCCCGUCACGUAUGUAUGUAUGUGGUGUGAGUGUGUGUGUGGGUGUGUGUUGCAGACACAGAUCAGGCCCUUCCCUGCCGACUUGUCCGUCUGCAGACGUGGGCCGUGGGCAGCGGGCCCGGCGCCCGGGACGCCUGUUUCCUAAGCGAGUUUUGCAGAGAAACGUGUGCCCGCAGGGACCUCGCCGCGGGGCCGUGUCCUCCCGAGAAACGCUUUGUAGACAGAGCAGCGCAGGAACCAGAAAGCAAUACUGUACAUAGUGUCCCCUCCCUCCCACCCGCAUGGCCUCGAGGGGUGCAUGGGGGAGGGCUCGCCACAGGCAGAAACGAAACAAACCCCACGCCUCACCGUGUUGCACGCGCAGUGUAUUGGGUCGAAGAAGUGAUCCUUAGCUGAAGAGAGACUAGCAACGCAUGAGACCCGCCGAGAACCCUAGCCUAGAGAUAGAGAGCUAACCCAGCAAAGUAAUAUAUUAAGUUAUAAUUGGGAUAUGGCAGAAGUUUCUUUUUACAGUCGCAUCUUAAAAGUUAAAGAAACGGAUUUUAGCUCAUGUAUAUUUUAUAUGAAAGAAAACACCCUUAUGAAUUGAUGACUAUAUAUAAAAUUAUAUUCACUACUUUUGAAAACAUUCUGCUAUUAUUUAUAUAAGCCAAAGCUGUAUGUUUAAAAAAAAUUUUUUUUUUUUUUUUUAGAGAAUAGCUUUAUCUUGUUUUAACUUUUUAGUUUUAUUCUAAAGGGGGAAAAAUAUCUUGCAAACAGAACCUUGGGGGAAAAAAGCCAUGAACACUUAUUAUUCUAUAUGUAAAUUGAAAGUUGAGCCAAACUUUCUGUACAUAGCAUCUUAAAUAUAUUACACCUUCGAUGUAAGUCCCUAUGUAUUGUAUGGUCACCAGAUUAAAAAGUAUAUUUUUGUGGAUUUGCCGCCAAUUUGGGGGAAAAGGCGAGAUCCUGGAGUAGAGUACUCACUGUUUGAUAUUUCCUAUUUUGUUAAAUCUCCUGUACUUUGGGUGUUAAGUACUGGCCAGUCUCUGCGAGGACUGUGCGCGGGGCCCCCCUCCUGGUGGUGUGUGUGCUGUUGCACUGUAAUCCGUGUGCUGUGUGGGGUGAGCAUCCUUCUAUAUUUUAUAUGUGUACAUAAAUAGCAACGUGGCAAAAAAAUUGGUGUUAAGUUCAUCCUGCAUAAGUAGAAAAUGUGUUGUAACAGAUUUUACAAGGCAUUCUUGAAAACUUGCCUUUUGUGAGGAAAAAAAUUUAGUAGAAAAAGCGGACCUGAUUGACAGAGAAAAUGGCAAAACAGGUGUGCACCAAGGUUCCCUACGUGGGAAACGGUGAGGGAGGCACCCGGGGGGCAGGGUCUUCUCUCGGGACCCCCUCGAGUGGCAUGACGUGGCUGGUCACGGAGACGCCACUUCUGGGGGGACUGGGGUGCAGAUCUGGGCUCGGCCCGCCACCCCGAGGUCAGUGCACCCUCAGCUGGGGCUUGACCACAGCCUUACCCUCACAGGAGGGAGUGGGGGUCCCAGGUUCACCGCUCCCGGCUGGUGCCGUGAACCAAAUUCCAAGCCCCGUCAUGUAUGUAUAUCUACCAAUGUUUUAAAUACUACUUUUCCUGAGAAACUCAAAAUAAGGGUUCAAAAUGCUGCUAUUUUCUACUUUACAUUUGCUAGGAGCAGCUGCCGCCAGUUUGUACUGCGUUUUGUUUAUCCCCCUCAAGUGCACCGUGUGCUCGGGGGACAAACGUCAGCCGGGCGUGGCCACACGGGGCGGCCUGGCCCUCCGAGCCCCGGUCCACUCUGUCCUGAUCGAGGCCAAAAAGGGAGCGAGGGGCUCUCUGCACACAGGGCUCCUUCGGAAAGGACUCCUUUUCCUUUAAAAUGUCCUCUUCCUGAACUGCUCACUCCCAGGCACAUCCAUAACGCCCCCCUAAUGGAGACCAGACAGCCCCCCACCGGCGACCCUCCCCGCUCUGCAUGUCCAUGACCUCCUGCUGCACCUGGGAUGGGAGUCCCUCACUCACUGUCUCUCCGUGUGCCUUACGAGACGGCUUUCCGACUGUAUCUCGAUAGUCUCCUUCCUAUGCAGGUUUCCGAUCAGUGCGCCCGCUGUUUCUAACACCGCCACGCGGGGCAGCCGCCCCCGCACCCGCACCCACAGCCACACCGACCGGGAGCGAGGGGCUGUGCUUCCAGGGACUGAAUCCAGACUGUUACCCUCGCCCCACACGCAGUGACCGGGAACAUGGACCUCCUCCCCAUGACGCCACGUACGAACACGCCUCCUGCUGGGCGCCACCCGACUGGGCAGGACACUAGCGGGGUCGCCCAGCACCUCCAUUUCUCACCCUUUUAGACGCGGGGUUUUGUAUGACACCAUCACAGACUUACCUUUCCCGAGGAAGUAUUUUACUACUAAACACAAAAACAAAGCUCAGCGGGGAUGGCACUGGUCGGUCCAGUUUCCAGCCGCUGCACUUCCAUCAGGACCCCACCCCAGGGAGGGCGAGGGUCCCCAUCGUACGUCACACGGCCCCCCCACACUCCAUCUCGAGCCCUCAGUACAUCCACUGCGUUAGACUAAAUCAGGGUUUGUUCUAAAGGAACGUUUCACCAUCCCCCCCCCCCCCCCCCCCGCAUCCAUCCGUUUUCCGCACGAACCGUCCCGCGCACGAGAGACCCACGGGGAACAAGGACGGGGGCUCCUGGCUGGGAGCGCAGGGAGCCAGGCGAUGAGAAUGUGAAAGGACUGACAAGUGCAAAACCGCCCUUUCUCUGUAGCACUCCCUCCCUUUGCUGUGCGAGAAGACACUGCUUUGCUAUAUUUAAAACGGCUUUUUUACAAGAGGUUUAUGUCUUUGGUAAAUGUUUGUAGUCACCAGUUCACACGGAAGCUGUACACGGUUUGAUCAUGUGAACCUUUGGCGGCACAAGCUGGACUUUGUUGCCAUCCUUGAGAUGAAAAAUAAGUUAAUCUUUUUCCCGGACGUGUUUUCUCUUCCUUCUACAAUAAACAUGACAGUGAACUUUUUACCAAUC